AUGGAAAAAUACGAUACACAAUCACUUACUUCAAAUAAUUAUACUAACAAGAUAGAAAAUAAUGUAAAUAAUAACAUACGAAAACAUGAUCCGUUUAAAUUUGAAGUAGAUAGUAAAAUCGAGGUUAAAAAAUCACAACUAUUGUCUUUGGAUGGUUGGGAAAAUUAUCAAAAAGAACUUAUUCGGUUAUGUUUUGAAUUUUGGGAAGUAAAUGAAACUCAAAAACGAGUAAACAGUUUGGAAUCCAACUUUGAAACACCGUUAUCGUUGUUUGAAAAAGAAAACAUCAUUGGUUUCGAAACAGAAACCACUCGAGAUAACGUACUCAUUUCAGGAGAAUUUCAAAAGAAAGAAACCUUUAACAAGGUUAAUGAUUAUUCUUUAAAAAGUAAAAAUAAUGUUGAUCCACUUAUUCAACACAUUUCUGAAGUAGUAACUAAUGAUAGUGAUUGCACUACUAAUGAAUAUUGUUCAACAAUUUUGGACACUGAAGGGAACAAACGAACUCGAAAGAAAAAAUUGAAAAACUUAUCUUUUUACAAACAUAUGAAUAAACAUGAAAAACCAAAUAAAAAAAUACAAUCAUUCGCUUUUGAUAAAUCUGCAUCGUCAGUCGGGGAAGAUUUGUGGAAAUGUAAAAAAUGGUUGGACUCUGUAGAAAAAAUAAAAAACCACCAUAACCCAAGCAUGGAUCCUAUAAACAAUAAUAUUGGUGAAAAUUCAAAUCAAGUAAAUUACAAAGAAAAAAUCAUUAAUAAUAAAUAUAAUAUGUAUCCAUUAGAUAUUGAAGCGAGACAAAUGGAACAAAAAGUUAAAAAACUCAUUAAAUCGUUAAAGGAAAAGGAUAGAUUAUUAAUGAGUAUUGGUAUAAAUGAGCAGUCUCCAAAAUUUGGACCGUCAAAUAAGUUUAUAGACUUUUUUAAGAACGCGUUCAGAGGAAAUCAAAACGAACUCGACAUUCAAGUGUUGGAGGAUUAUACAACAUACAUCAAUCAAAAAUUGAACAAGUGGCAGGGCCUAUUGCAUUGUUUAGAGGAUAUCAAGCACAGAGAGUCUAGGAAAAUCAAAACGACCGACCCACAGGAAGACACGAUCAAGUAUCGAUUUACCGAAAAAAGAGAUAGUUUUAACAAUACGAGAGCCAAUUCUGACGACUAUGGAGAUAAACAUUUGAAGUUUGUCGAGAUUAACAGCGGUCGCGUCAACGAAACUGCGAGUAAGCAAAAGACGAAAAAAAUGUUUUUCAAUUUGCUCAACAAAACGAGAAGUACCGUGGACGUGUGUGCCGUGGUCAAACGGACGGAGCGAAUUGAAGGCGACGCCGUUCGGGCGACUGUGUUCCGUUAUAGACGGGACACUGAACAUGUUGACAGGGACGGUGACGACGGUGGACGGAAAUCUGCAGGACGAAUUCGGAGAUGUCUAUCUGACACAGACCUGGUGGCCACUGCGAGAAACGGUGGUGGCCGGAGGACAGCGUUGAAAACACCGUGGGGCGGUUCAACGAUGAUGGACGUUGAAGAUGGGUACUAUUAUAAUUGCGGGGAAAACAAGGUCCAUGGGGGGAUAAGAGAGGAACGGCACGAAUGUUUCCAGACGGCUGUGGCUCGUUUGGAGUACGUCGGUAGCACUUUCAAAGAACAGUGUCGAUUGGCUGGACUGAAAGUUUUGUGCAAAGUGGACGUUCUGGCGGAAUUCGGGUAUUCGGCCGAAGCCGUCGAUCUAUUCGUUUCCGCGGCUCUGCCGCUGAGCGAUAAUCCCGACCUGAUGAUUCGAAAAGCCGAAGCAGCGUACGACUGGAGAUUCUUCUGUCACCUGUCCAUGUGGCGUCAUUCCUACAAAGAUUGA